AUAGCGAACUCGGGGAAUUCGAAAUGAGCACAAACUCACAAAGUGAAGAGCCGAUUGCUAUACAGAGCCAAGAUCCUUCAACGUCGUUGCUGGUGGAGCAGAAUGAGCUAUUGGAUACCGAGUUUUCUAAGGCAUUAGAGUCGAUAGAUUCACUUAUAGCGUUAUAUUCCAUACAACCCGAUGACGAAGGCGCAAGGGAGCAGUGUUCCGAUCUGCUCAAGGCCUUGAGGCAUAACCAGCUACCUCUUGCUCAAGGAAGUGCCAAAUUACUCGAUCUUGAGAGGAGGUUCCACGAAGCGUAUAUGGACAAGCUGAAAGAGCUAUCGCUAUUGGAGGAGACUUCGUACUCACAUGUGAGUAAGAACAAUAAGAUCUUCUUUGAGCAGAGGAUGAAGAGUUUACAGGUGUUGGAGCUGGAGAAGUCCCUGGGCAAGAUCUCCAACAUCGAGCUUUCGAGUGGUGAACGGUUGGACGUUUCCCUCAGCAAAGAGCGGGUGAUGGAGCUGCUGGAAGCUGAGCGUAAAGAGAGGGCCAUAGUGAGCUUUAAGAACGAGGAUCUCUUGAAACCAGAGAUCAAGGAUCUAAGACGUGAUUACGACACUUGGGGCAAGAGGGACAACGAGCUCAAGAGGUAUUUGGUUGACGACCUUGAGGCCAUGGAUAAGAAGGUGAAGGCCAUCGUCACGAAGGAGAAGUGGGCUGAUUAGUCUGGGCGUGAACUCCUAAUGUUGAGGUUGUAUAGCGUCUACGCGUAGUCUCUAAUUCAUGUAUAACCUAUGCCUUGAGUCCCCC